UGUGAAUGUGUGAGCAUGGCUUUGUUGUUUUAACUUAACGAUGUAGCCACGCCCCUUGCGUCUAAAACUAUAUUAAGCUCGCGAUCGCCCCGCCCAUCAUCAGUCUAGCCGUGAGAUGCCGAGCGCGAUGGACUACUGCGUCUGACACCCAAAGACCUGCUAUCGAAUGGACGUCUUUCUUACGCCAUCAACGUUUGAAUAGCCUUCAUAAUGCCUUUUCCGCCGAUAAACCUGCACUCGCGGAUAGCAUCUCCAAGAAAGGAGCUAUUCAGGAAAAAGAAGAGCAGAGAUAACGUCGCACCCCCUCAAUCCACCUUAGGUCCAAGGACGGAAGACUACGAGGAGUCGGAGAAGAAUAAACUGGCGUCGCCGUGGCCAUUGGCUCAUGUAAAACAGCACGGGCGACACAAGUCGACCCGAGUCCCUGCCGAUCCCGAGACGGACAGCAAACAUCCAUGGCUGAGCGUCCCCAAACCCUUGGCUACCUCAUGCGAAAGCGUCCCGCGGUCCAGCUCCGGAGAAUCCAGCCAUAAAUAUUCCUCCAGGACGUCAUUCCCAAAAGAAGAAGGCGAGCGGGAGAUCCACUUCUCACUCAGCCUUACACCCGAAGCCAUCCUGGUCAUCCAAAAGCGCAACCUGGAGAAACAGAUGAUGGCCAAGCAGCAGAAGUGCUGCGCAUCCGCGGACCUGAGACACCGGCGGGUUUUUCCGUCCAAGAGAGCGCAGAGCAGCUCCAACAACAAGAGCACCGGACCUGUUGCCAAGCUCGAAGGGGCCAAUGAUAUCAGCACCAUUGUGAAGAUCUCCCUCCUCAAUGAUCAGUAUAAAUACGAUGAUGUGGAGUACGAGGAGGAGGACGGAGACGUGGACGAGACUGUCAUGAGGAAAUGUAAAGAGUGGCUGAAAGGUGUGGAAAGCGCCGCUGCUUUUGGGAAAGUUGAUAAACUGUCAUCGUUGCCUCACCUUAAAAGUUGAUCUCUUCGUCCAGGUCCGCUGUGAAGAUUUCAGUCGGUGUAUCCGACACAAAGUCACCUUUAGAAAUAAUGACCUCUAACGACGAACGCUUUUGGUAUCGAGACGCGUUUGACCGUUUAUAAGAUGCGACGCAACGGACACAGAGCGACUUUUAAAAUACCUUCUUAAAAAUAAAGGUCUCGUGUAGUGGAAAAAGAUUGUAAACAUACCAUAAAAAGGCAAGAAAGAAAAUGAUCUUUUAAGGACCUUUGACUGAAAGGUUCGUUGGGGAACCAUCAUAUUUUAGCACAGGAGUGCACCCUUAAUUCUCAUGGACUGGAUUAUAUUCUGCAUUGAAGAGUAAUGCUGAUCACUCCGUAAAGUUUUGCAGUUGACCAUUACAGAUGGACAGAAAUUGUAGUGUUUGGACUUUGCUAUUGUUUUCUUUAUGACAUGGGCUGGGUGGCAAAGAUGUUCGUUUUAAACUGUGGAUGGAGAACUGAGAACCAGUGAAUGCAUGAAGCCCGCAGUCACUCCUUUGUGCCAGAAAACAAUAGGUGUUUUACGAGCUUCUCUGAGAGCCUUUGACUCUUAACAUCUCAAUUUGAUGAAAGUAUGUGUGUAUUAUGGGACUGGAAACCCACCCGUAUACAGUAUUUAUUUUAAAUGUGGAGGUGUGUUUAUAUGCCGUGUGUUGUUUCAAGUCAUUUUUAAGGGUUAUGAUAAUAAAACUGAAAAUGAUUGAUCA